CAGAACAGUAACUGUCAUGUACCAGUGGAGGCACUGUCACGUACCACUCGCUCCACUGGCACGUACCACUAGUUACAAUACAGUACAGUUUCGGUUCUAACUGCCUCUCGACAAAGCAGCCCAUCAUCAUGGAGACCCCCCUGUCUGAGGCAAACGCCAACUUCUCCCUGGCCCUGUUCCAGAAGAUUGCAAAUGAAAGCCCAACAGGAAACGUCUUUUUCUCUCCCCUCAGCAUCUCCUCAGCUCUGGCCAUGGUGCUACUCGGUGCCAGGGGCAACACGGCCACACAGAUGUCCGAGUCCCUGCACCUUCACAAGACAAAUGAUGACGUGCACGUGGCCUUUGGUAAGCUGAUGGCUGAGCUGAACAAGAAAGAAGCCCCCUAUGCCCUAAGCCUGGCUAACAGGCUCUAUGGAGAGAAGACCUACCAGUUUGUCAAGGAGUUUAUAGGAGACACCAGGAAACACUACGAUGCAGAGCUGGAAACUGUGGACUUUGGAAAGAAUUAUGAGGCGGCCAGGCUCAACAUCAACGGCUGGGUGGCGAAACAGACGCAAGAUAAGAUCCAGAACCUUCUGCAGGAGGGCAUUCUGGAUGAAAGCACCAAGCUGGUGCUGGUCAACGCCAUCUACUUCAAGGGCAGCUGGGAGAAAAAGUUCAAGGACACUGACACAAGUGACACCCAGUUCAAGCUCAACCAAAAUGAGAGCAAGCCAGUGAAGAUGAUGUACCAGGUGAGAAAGUUCCCCCAGAGAUCCAUCCCUGAGGCCAACUGUAAGAUCCUGGAGCUACCUUAUGUUGGAAAAGAUCUGAGCAUGCUCAUCAUGCUGCCUAAUGAGAUCACAGGUCUGACGAAGCUGGAGAAGAACCUGAGCUAUGAGAACUUUCUAAAAUGGACCGGACCAGACAUGAUGAUGAAGUGGGAAGUGCGGGUGGGCCUGCCCAGGUUCAAGUUGGAGCAGACUCUGGACCUGGGCGACAAACUGAGCAGUAUGGGCAUGACGGAUGCCUUCGUCCAGGGCCGUGCUGACUUCUCUGGCAUGUCCCCCAGCAACGACCUUGUCCUGUCCAAAGUCGUCCACAAAGCCUUUGUGGAGGUCAACGAGGAGGGCACAGAAGCCGCCGCUGCCACGGCCCUUGAAUGUCAACUUUUAAGUUACCAGAAGCCAGCCUCCUUCAUCGCUGACCACCCCUUCCUCUUCUUCAUCAGACACAACCCCACCAAUAGUGUCCUCUUCUAUGGGCGCUACUGCUCCCCCUAGACCCUGAAAAAGAUGGAAAAAUUCUGAGGGGUGUAAUGCAAUGGAAGGAACCAUCUGUUGACAGGCCGAGAUGUGUUUAGUUUGGAUAUGUGUUUCCACUGCACUUACCAUGCCAAUGUAUUCAUCAGUUAUAUUGUAGCAGGUUCAGGGGUGUGGGGUUUCCACACCAUCAUAUACCACUAUUUGCUUGAUGGGAGUUUUUGCUGCAUUUAACAAUACUAUAACCAAAAGUAAGUCGUUUUGUCAUCUUGACUGUUCUGAAGCUAUACACUGCACCAUGUUACAGUAUUCUACAUUGGCCUGGCCUUUAUGAACCACCCGUUUCCUAACUUGACUAUUAGAAGGAAAUAAAGAGUCCAA